AUGGUAUACACAAACGACGGAGAAUCCCACUCCAACAGUACCGACUCAUAUAUUCCGUCUUCCGCGCUGUCCGACACAUGUACAUCGAAUAGCUCCAGCUACGGCUCCUCGCUAUACUCGGAUGGAUUAGACACCGGGGAUACGGCGUACUCGGAUACGCGUUCCGAGCGGGAAGGUGAUGAGCACGGAAACGGAGACGGAGGCGAUGAUUCGGAGCGGGCGGUGUAUCGGAGUUCUGGAUCGACAACAGACGAAGCGGAUCGCCGAGGUCAGACGAAAACGGACAGUUUUUAUAGUAUGAUUGAAACAAACACCGCGGUCACCCCCAGUCGACGAUCUGACGCGCUUCCACCUAACAGCGAAUUUUGCCUCAGACGACAGGGUGAUUCUCAGAACAUAUCAUGCAAGUCGGACAUGCUGUCUACAGGAAUAGGCUCAACGAAUCCGGUACCCGGAGUUUGGUCUUUCCUCAGUCGGAAGUCUCGCGCCCCUCUGCCCAGCCCUGUUCUGACCCUCGAUGAUCAGCCGAGCGACAGGCCAAGCAAGUCGCGUGAUUCCAUGUCGGGCAUGAGCUCGAGGUCUGGGAGAUCUGACAGCUCGGAUACCGACGGAGAUGAUCUGGUCUACAAAAGCUUUAUCAGCGAUGUGGAGCGCGACAGUCGGGGCAGAGUGGUCGGCCUAGGCUACUACAAGCAUGAGUUCACGAUCGACCGAGAUCAGUCCGGCUACCUUUUAGGCGAUAACUACGUGACAGACUGGGGAACGCUCAAGGUCGAUACCGACCGGACCGGCUUCUCCAUCAACGACGAUCAUUUCGGCCUCGAGGCGGGAGCGAAUAAGCUGAUCUUUACGCCAAGCGGUGUCACACUCAACGGCACCGAGAUUCACCCAACACGGCGUGUCACCCGUGGCCCCGUGUCAUCGCUUCCGCCUGGUCUGAGCAGAAUAUUCGGCGAUCUGAUAAUGGGCGAUGGUACACGUUCGUCCGGUAGCGCCCGGAGCUCUGCAUGGCGACGCCGGGCCGAUAUUGGUGAUCCCGGCAGGUCCAGGAACGGAACACAUCGGAGUGUGCAUCGGAUUCCAGAGAGUUCAUAUAUGGAUGAGUAG